AUGGGGACUAAUGCACCAACUAAUGGUUCCACUACUGCUACUUACAUUCCUAACUCUUCGAGUCCAUUGUACCUUGCAACGUCUAAUGUGCCUGGGAUAUCUGUUGUUCCUGUUCCUUUCUGUGGAACUGGGUUUGGGGGUUGGAGAAGAAAUAUGGUCGUUGCUCUAUCUGUUAUGAACAAAAUUGCUCUAGUAGAUGGGAGUUGUACUAAACCUUCUGAUGAUUCACCUCAGCUUAGGCAAUGGAGUAUGGUUAAUCAUCUAGUGAUGUCAUGGAUAACUCAUUCCCUUACCCCUGAGAUAGCUGAGAGUGUGCAGUACUCUGAAACAGCACAGAACAUUUGGUCUCAGUUGAAUAAGAGAUAUGGGACUGUGAGUGGAACUAGAAUAUUUGAGCUUAAAAAGGAGAUAGCUUCCACUAGUCAGGGGUGUUUGGAUAUUGCCUUCUAUUUCAAUAAGUUUAAGAAAAUUUGGGAUAAAUUGAGCUUCAUGCGCACUAAGAAUGCAAAUAGGUGCACCUAUGCUGCUAAAGAAGCACUUAUCCAAGAGGAAGAAGAAAAUCAUGGGACUUAA